AUGCCUGGCGCUGAGGCUCGUCGUCAAGGCCAGUUCCCCAACGCCUUCCCCGGCCAGCCUGGCGGCGGCCGCCACGGCCCCGGCCAAUCCCCUGUCGAGCCGCUCAAAAACAGAAACUCUUGUGAGGACUGGACGAGCCGGGUGCUCGGUGUUGGGCCGCCCAUUGACGGGCGAAUCCUGCCUGUCUUCAUCAAUGUAUCUGGGACUCAAGUCCAGUACGCAGAAGUUGCCAAGUCACGGUCGAAUGCGAUGAUGACAGCUGUCCUCAUCCGUCUCCUCAACCGACUACUGCCAGGCGGGGGCCUCCAACUCCACGACGUUGCUAUCGUCACACCUUAUGUGGCCCGACAGUACGAAAUCCUCAGAGCAAUUGGCUCAAGUGUGUCGAUCAAUGACACCGAAGACAAGAUUCUGCUCACAACAGCAGACAGAGUGCAGGGAAACGAACGACCUGUCGUCGUUUUUCUCGCAGUAAAUACUGCGGAAAGUGGUGCUGGGUUUCUCCAUGACUCAAAUCGCCUGAAUGUCAUCAGCACGCGGGCAUCUGAUUUCUUCAUCGUCAUCGGUGACCUCGCCGUUGCCAACUCGCCUCCCUCAGCAAGGAUUGUUGAGUCUAGUGGGGGUCAUUUGGAUGAUAGGGCGCUGAAGGCGUGGCAUCAGUUCUUCGUGCGUCAUCAACGUGUGGUUCAGCAGUCGGAUAUUCCAUGGUUGACGAACGACGCGGCGGACUUCUCGGCCGAGCGAUUUGUGGAUUUGGGCGAUGAUUAG